UUUUUUUUUUUUUGAUUGUUGUUGUUUUCUCCUCUUCCAGACAAAGCCACUGGUUUCAGUGGUCCCUCCGGAAAGGCCAGUCAUUUCCUGAGGAGAUAUCAGGUCCUCCCAGACCUCAUUGUUCUUGGUUUCCAGCUAUGGCCGCCAUUACCUGACAAGUACCAGAGCUGGUCUCUGCGCGCCUGGAGAGAUUGUCAGAGUUGUUUCUGCUUUUCACACAGCAAGCUUCUGGUCUGUGGCAGGGAAAAGAAUUCUGCCCCUGAGGCAUGGCCGGAAGGCAGCACUAGCUGCUUGCCUCAGUCUGCUGGAGUCUUUCAGGAUUCAGCUGAGGUGGGCCUCAGUCUGCUGACAAGAUGCUCCUGGCUCUGCUGCUCACCAUGCUGCUCUAUGCAAGCCUCCAGGCUCAGGAAAACUCUUUCACCAUUAACAGCAUCCAUAUGGAAAGUCGGCCCUCCUGGGAGGUAUCGAAUGGGCAGAAACUGACCCUGCAGUGCCUUGUCGAUAUCAGCACCACCUCGAAAUCCAGGCCUCAGCACCAGGUGCUAUUCUAUAAGGACGACGCGCUGGUGUACAACGUCUCCUCCAGUGAGCACACAGAGAGCUUCGUCAUUCCUCAGGCUCGGGUCUUCCACGCCGGGAAGUACAAAUGCACCGUGAUACUGAACAGCAAGGAAAAAACCACAACUGAGUACCAGGUGACGGUGAACGGUGUACCCAUGCCUGAGGUGACCGUGGACAAAAAGGAGGUGACAGAAGGUGGGAUCGUGACAGUCAAUUGCUCCAUGCAAGAAGAAAAGCCACCAAUAUAUUUUAAAAUUGAAAAAGUGGAACUGGGAACAAAGAACAUCAAGCUAAGUAGAGAGAAGACCUCCAACAUGAACUUUGUGCUCAUAGAAUUCCCCAUCGAGGAGCAAGACCACCUGUUAGUGUUUCGCUGCCAAGCGGGCGUCCUGUCCGGAAUCAAAAUGCAGACCUCGGAAUUCAUCCGGAGUGAAUACGUCACCGUGCAGGAGUUCUUCUCUACACCCAAGUUUCAAAUCCAGCCUCCUGGGAUGAUCAUAGAAGGAAACCAGCUGCACAUCAAGUGCAGCGUGCAGGUGGCACACUUGGCCCGGGAAUCUCCAGAAAUUAUAAUCCAGAAAGACAAGGCGAUCGUGGCCACCUCCAAGCAAAACAAAGAAGCUGUCUACUCAGUCAUGGCCUUGGUAGAGCACAGUGGACACUACACGUGCAAAGUGGAAUCGAACCGCAUCUCCAAGGCCAGUAGCAUCCUGGUCAACAUAACAGAGCUGUUUCCCAAGCCGAAGCUAGAACUCUCCUCCAGCCGUCUGGACCAAGGGGAAAUGCUGGACCUGUCCUGCUCCGUCUCGGGUGCGCCUGUAGCUAACUUCACCAUCCAGAAGGAAGAGACGGUGUUGUCACAGUAUCAGAAUUUCAGCAAGAUUGCCGAGGAGAGGGACAGCGGGCUGUACAGCUGUACGGCAGGCAUCGGCAAAGUGGUCAAGAGAAGCAACUUGGUACCCGUCCAGGUGUGCGAAAUGCUCUCCAAACCCCGGAUUUUUCAUAAUGCCAAAUUUGAGAUCGUAAAAGGACAAUUCAUAGGUAUCAGCUGCCAGUCAGCAAAUGGGACAGCGCCCAUCACUUACCGCCUCAUAAGAGCAAAGAGCAACUUCCAGACCGUCCAGAAGGACUCCAAUGACCCAGUGACAUUCACAGACAAGCCCACCAGAGACGUGGAAUACCAAUGUAUAGUGGAUAAUUGCCACUCUCACCCCGAGGUGCGCAGCGAGAUCCUGAGGGUCAAGGUAAUAGCCCCGGUGGAUGAAGUUACGAUCUCCAUCCUGUCGGGUAACGAUGUACAGUCUGGAGAUGAAAUGGUGCUUCGGUGCUCUGUGAAAGAGGGGACUGGCCCUGUCACGUUUCAGUUUUACAAAGAAAAGGAGGGCAGACCCUUCCACGAAGAAACCGUGAAUGACACCCAAGUGUUUUGGCACCAUGAACAAGCUAGCAAGGAGCAGGAAGGCCAGUACUAUUGUACAGCGUUCAACAGAGCCAGCAUUGUGACCAGUCUCCGAAGCGGCCCUCUAACAGUCAGAGUCUUUCUUGCUCCGUGGAAGAAAGGGCUCAUUGCAGUCGUUGUCAUUGGAGUGGUCAUUGCCGCCUUGAUAGUUGCAGCCAGAUGCUACUUCCUGAGGAGAGCCAAGGCCAAGCAGAAGCCCGUGGAGAUGUCCAGGCCAGCAGUCCCGCUUCUGAACUCCAACAGUGAGAAGGUUUCUGAGCCCAGUGUGGAAGCCAACAGCCAUUACGGUUAUGAUGAUGUUUCUGGAAUUGAUGCAGUAAAACCCAUAAAUCAAAAUAAAGACCCCCAGAACAUGGAUGUGGAGUACACGGAAGUGGAAGUGUCCUCCCUUGAGCCUCACCAAGCUCUGGGAACGAGAGCCACAGAGACGGUGUACAGUGAAAUCCGGAAGGUCGACCCUAAUUUCGUGGAAAACAGAUUCUCUAGAACGGAAGGCUCCCUUGAUGGGACUUAAGACAGCCAAGGCAGAUGCACAUACCCGGAAGGUCGCCCGUGUCCCGAGAAGAGCAGCCGACUCCUGUAUUGCAAGAGUCCUGUACACUUAUUUAUGAACCAGCCCUGUCCCCACCCAAAGUAGCACUCCUUCAGGCCAAGCCAUCCAAUUGUAAAUCCCUCCUGCCUUGUUAAUGUUGGGUGAACAGAGAAUGGGAGGCGCUGUUUAAUGGCCAGCCCACCCAACCUGUCUUCUAAGCUGGAACAUCCUUGCGUUUUGGGAGGUGAGAGGAGGUUCCAGGAAAAUAACGCCCUGGAGUGUUUUGAGGCUCAGAUGUUGUGUCUCGGAUCGGAUCGACAGAGUGCUUCUCGGUGGGUCCUCCCGCGCAGAAGUCACUUUCUGCUCUGCUGCCGUCGAAUACUGGGUUAGUUUUUUGUUUUGUUAUGUUUCUUUGUUCUUUUUCUUUCUGGUCUGACCUUGAUCUUUGGAGGUAUACAGUGCUUCUCAGGUUUGCCUGGUCCCCUGCAUGGCCUCCCCCCACACAGGGGCAGCAGCUGACUGGGAGCAGUGCCCGUGCAAUGGUCAUUUGAAGACAGGCCUCAAGCCGGCAAUGGCAAAACUCGAGACUGGAGCGAGGGCAGACAUCCUUAAACUGCUUUCUUUUCUGCUCCAUGCUGAAGGCCCAAGGAAGAGAAAUUGUUGGCUACAACGGUCGUCUUUUUUUUUUAAAUAGUAAAAGGAAACGUGUACUUUUCUCACUAACUUUUCUUUUAUUUAUUCCCUGCUAAAGAAACAGUCUCCAGAGGUCUGAGCUGUUUCCGAGGGUGGCUUGAGUGGGCGGAUGGGAGCUGCCUCCAUUUUGCCAUGGAAUCUCAUACCUAACCCCCAUUGCCUUCCCUGUUUGCCUCAGCCACCCGGCUAGAGGGCCCCUGAGGGGAGUUGUAUUAAAUAAAACGGAUUUUUACUCUUCA